UUUCGGAUAGCCGCAAUCGAAGAUGAGGGCCUGCGCGCUAUGCACGAACACCACGAAGAACUGCACCUGAAAAUCGAUUCGACAAUUCAGCAGCAUUUAACAGCACGACUAUUGGACGACUAUUUAUCUAUGAGCAGUCUGGGUUAAAUAAAAUUAUAACUCGCGAACGCUGUGAAUUGCUGACAAAGUUCAGGCCGUUUAUUAACCCAAUUCGCUGGUAACAGUCGGCUCUCGAUAACGAAGUCGGCGCGAUUAUGUCGCGGAUCAUUAAAUCUAUUACUGAAGAUCGUUUACCUCCCGAUGACCGUCGCUACAAAAGCAUAUUGCGGAUUGAAUGACGACUCGACAUCGUGUAAUGGUGCGAUGAUAUAAUCCUCAAUGCUGCGCGCAAACGACCUUGAGGAUCUGUUCUCCCGGCGUUGGAGACCGUCGCUUAAUCGUGAAUUCCAUAAAGCGUCCCUGAGUGCAUCGCUGGUCAGUAAACUCGCGAUACACGUCCCGGCAGACAGAGCAAACGCGUUCUAUGAGCGAAAGGUGCAUGACUUACUUGGCGAACCGGUAUUCGAGCCCUCCGGAGCUCAACGUGGCAUAGAAACGCACCGGACAGGAAGAGGAGUCGAGCCGUUGAAACUUCUCAAUGAACGUCACCGCGCCAACAAUCGACAGGAUGUCUAACAUCUACAACAACUCCAUAGUGCGAUACUGGCAUUUUCUGUUCAGUGAUUUAUCAGAUCCUCGAACCAACAACUGGUUUCUCAUAUCGUCGCCUGUACCCGGCCUUAGUCUCUUGUUCGGCUAUCUCUAUUUCGUAUUGUCAUGGGGUCCGAAAAAUAUGGAACACCGAAAACCAUUCCAACUAAAGCGUAUUCUAGUCGUUUAUAAUUUCUUGCAGAUCCUUCUUAGCACAUGGCUAUUUAUGGAGGGCAUGGAAUAUACAUUGUUUCAUAAUUACAGUUGGACAUGCGCGCCAGUGGACUUUUCACACAAACCGAUAGCUCUUAGAGUCGCAAGAGGCGUUUACGUUUAUUUUCUGGCGAAACUCACAGAGCUCCUUGACACGGUGUUCUUCGUAUUACGUAAGAAGGAGAAGCAAAUUACGUUUCUUCAUAUGUACCAUCAUACCGUGAUGCCAAUGAUAUCAUGGGGCGCUACGAAGUAUUAUCCCGGAGGUCACGGUAUCUUCGUAGGAAUUAUUAAUAGCUUCGUGCACAUCAUCAUGUACACUUAUUACCUUCUGGCGGCGUUGCUACCUCACCGUCAGCAUCAGCGGUAUCUGUGGUGGAAGAAGUACAUUACUACCCUACAAAUGACCCAAUUCUGUCUGGCCUUCCUGCACAACUGCCUGUUGUUGUUCUACGACUGCAACUAUCCGAAAUGGUCGGUCAUCCUGGUUCUGCCGAACGCGAUGUUCUUCUACUUCCUGUUCUCGGACUUCUACAACAAUGCUUAUACCGUGAAGAAGGAAAACGGCGCGACGCCGUCGGUCGCGAGCUCGGCCAAAGCGAAUGGUGUCGCGGAGAAAGUGAGCAAUGACAAGAUACCGAACGGAAAAGGGAAAAGCGAUUAAACGGGAACGGGCCGAGGAAGGAGAUCGCGAUGCGAUCGCAAUGAGACACGGUCACUAUCAUUUCACUUGACUCAUAUUGCAAUCUCUAUCUCGCUAAUCUAGCCGACGUAUCACGUUUCACGCUGGGAUUGUUCAAUGCGCGUAAAGAGAAUUGAAACGCAGGGACGACCGACAUUCACGCAAAUUGAAUAUAUCUGAUUACUUGACGAUUGAAUUCUUUUUUUCCAAGCUUUUUACUAAAUAUAAUAGUGUGAUCCACUCAUUAUGUACCUUCUUGUACGAUAGCAAAAUUAUAUCGGACAGCUAAGUUAUUGAGAAUUGCAUGUAUAAUUAGCGCGUAAAAACCAUCGUAAUUUACAUAUGCAAUUUCAAAAAAUUACAUAUACAAACAAAUAUUAAAAAUGUUAUUUGCAUUCCGUCUGUCUCUAUUUGCAUUACUUGUAAAAUGACAAUUUAUAAAUAAUAUGAAAUCGUUCUCAGCUUAUUAACUUAUUAACGUUUAAUUGCGGUUAAAAAUUUACAAUCAAAACUUUUUAAAAUUAAGAACAAACUAAAUUACAAGUAUGAUUUAAUUACGCAAAGAAUUUUUAUCUCUCCUCUUAAUUAACUUAAUAUCGAUAAAUUGUUCAUUGCCGAAAAGAUAGUAUUUUGAAAUACACACUAUAUCACUUGUAUUAUUAUAUAAACACAAUGUUAUUUUUAUAUCCUAUUUUAAAGCUUUUUAAAGAGUUAAUGAAUUUUAAAAAUUUAAUUGAGUGGCAUGUUUUUCUAUGAAAUACCGAGAAGUGUUCACUCAAAAUAUAUUACAACUGUCGUAAUUUCCAUUUCUAAGAGACAGUCGCGACCGACUUAGUAACUUCACAACAGUAAUGGUUAAUUGAACAAUAAUUGCCUACAGAAUCAUGCAGAUUUAGUCGUAACGAUAUAAUAGAAUAGAAUAAAAUUGUGAUUUAUCGUGAGGAGGAUACGAGCAAAAAUGAGCAGAUCACUGCGAUGGCAAGCUAAUAGUUUUAUAUCUUACAUAUAUUAUGAUAUAAGUGAUGUAUCUUGCGAUUAGUUAUACGAUUAGAUUCAAUCAAAGGUACUAGAAUGGGUGGUAUUACUAAAUAAUGCGUGCCCUAAUUAAUACAAUUUUAUAUAUAGUUAUUUAAUGUGUAAGUCGUAUCAAUCGCUUAUGGGUGUUAAUGGAGUUUAGAGGAGUUUAGAGAGGUAUUUUUAAGAACGCAUUUCAAAUUUACAAGAAUGUAAAAAACUUCUCUCCAUUUUACGUUCUCUUUGCAAUUUUCAUGGGUAGUGCAUUUUAUUAUUCUAUCGCUUUCUGUUGUGCAUUUGUUGAGCACUAUUUAAAAUGCACAAUCAAUAGUUAACAUUAUUCGUUAAUAAUACCUGCGGGAUUUAGAAUAAAACCAUUUAUUAAAAUAUGCCAAUCAAACGCAUUAUUCUUAAGAAUAAUUCAGUAAUUUGUUGUGUUUUGCUAACUUUACACGCGUGAUGUUUGAUACAAUACAAUAAUGAAAUCUAUUGGAGAUAUCCUUAAAUAUACAUUAUAUCCUUUUUAUCUUAUAUUAAUAGAAAAAUCUUUUUUUUUAAACAUUUCUAAACGUUUCUAAAAAAUAUAAAGCAUUGUUUCAUUAAGUGUGUAAUUUGCAAUUUUGAAGUAACUACAAAUUUUAAUAACAUAUUAAAAUUACCUUUAAAAUCACAAAUUCGAAAAAUAAAAAUUAAGAAAUUUAAGAUUAAAUUUAAUAUUAAGUUUUUCGAUCGAUAAAAAAUUAUCAAAUAAUAAAAGUAAUGCCACGAAUUAUCUUAUUUUCUAUUAUGAAUAUCUUCAUUAGACGUCAUUAAUGUAGCUGUUUGUACAUAACGAAUGUCUGCGUACUAUAUGCGAUCAAGACAUUUUUCCAAGUUUUACAAGUUACACAUCAAAUGUGUUCGGAACAAGUCAAUAAUCAAAUUUGUAUGUCAAACAAUUGUAGACGUCAUUAUAAACAAGUAGUGUACAUGAUUAA